AUGGUUAGAAUACUUUUAAAAGGAAACGUUAAAGCACAUAUUACAGAUUGGUUUAAAAGUUUCCAAUCAUUAAAAAAUAUCGGUACCGAGGGACAAACCAGCGCAGUACCCAAAAAAUUGAUACCAAAUUCUGCAGAAAUCUUAUUACCAAGAAUACAAAAGGAUUCUCAGAGUAAAAAGACAGGAAGUGUUAUACCCCCUCUUUCCGCAUUAAAACCUGCCAUAAAUGCUAACCUUCCAGACAUUACCAGAUCAUUUAAAGAUCUAGAAAAUGGUCUUUUAGACGUGUUUAAUAACAAUAGGAAAUGGGCAAAUUCAGUGCGACUACAAGACAAAAAGUUCUUUGAAAAUUUAGCAAAUAAUGAACAACAGCCAAAAUUAUUUUGGAUCGGGUGCUCAGAUUCUCGUGUACCGGCAGAAAUUAUCGCAAAAUUGGGUUUUGGGGAAAUAUUUGUGCACAGAAAUAUUGCGAAUCAAUUUAAAGAAGAUGACGUUAAUUGUAUGUCUGAAUUAGAGUUUGCGGUUCAUAACCUAAAGGUCGAACACAUUAUAGUCUGUGGACACACUAAAUGUGGAGGUAUUCAAAAUGCUUAUAAAGAAUACGUUCUCCGUAAAAAUUUAAAAUUUUGGUUAUCUGACAUAAGAAAAAUCAAAGAUUCUCACCCUGAACUUUUUCCCGAUCAAAUUACCGAAUCCAAAAUGAACAAAAGUGAAAUAGAUGCCAUUCAUAAAAAAUUAGUAAGUGUUAACGUAAUUAAUCAAGUAAAUAAAAUUUCUGAAAAUGAAGUUGUUAAAGAAGCAUGGAAAGAUGAAAAGCGAAAAUUAUCUGUUCAUGGAUGGGUAUUUAAUAUGGAGAACGGACAUUUAGAAGAUUUAUAUGUAACUAGAAAUAAGUAA